AGAUUCCGUUUCCGUGGUGGACAUUUUGUUCGUUUUGUCAACUCGCAAAUUUUAACGAAUAUCCAUAGAAAUCAACUAAAAUAUGUCAUCCCUACUUAACAAGCCUAAAUCUGAGAUGACCCAAGACGAGCUCCAGCAAAGGGAGCAGGAGGAAUUCAAUACAGGACCGCUAUCAGUUUUGACUCAAUCUGUGAAAAAUAAUACACAAGUUCUAAUCAACUGCCGUAACAACAAGAAACUUCUAGGUCGUGUAAAAGCUUUCGAUAGACAUUGUAAUAUGGUUCUUGAAAAUGUUAAAGAGAUGUGGACAGAAACUCCUAGAACAGGAAAGGGCAAAAAGAAGGCUAAACCCGUAAAUAAGGAUAGAUACAUCUCAAAGCUAUUUUUACGUGGAGACUCAGUAAUUUUGGUCCUACGUAAUCCCCUUGCUUCACAAAAAUAACUUGUUUUUUUGUUUUUUACUUUGAAAAAUCUGUAUUUAUGUUAUAUUAGAUUCUUAAAAAUAUAGUAUUUUGUAUUUGUUACUUAUGGAUUAUAUAUAUAUAUAUAUAUAUAUAUAUAUGUCUAUGUAUACACAAUACGC